CUGUUCGGACCAGCUGAACGGAAGUUGUGUCCCUCGUUUGCGGAGGUCAACUGCUAAACCAGGUUAAACGGAGCCCAGAGUGUUUUGGUGAACGGGUAUUUGUGGGAUAUUUUACCGUCAUGGCGAGGAAGAAAAAGGUGCGUUUCAUAGCAGAAAUGGCUCGGAAAAUCCGGGCAUAUCGAGAGCUGAAGUCACGACCGCGGGAGUCCCAGAAGUACGGCCUGGACUAUGAGACGAUGAAGCGGCCUCUCACCGGGAAGAUGCUGCCGGUCAUGGCUUGGCAGGAUGUCCGUAGGGAGAGCCGCCUCUUUUCUCUACUGGCUGGUUUGAGACUGUUCGGAAUUGGCCGAAUGUUCACCCGCAAGUCGUGGCUGGAGGACCACACAGAGCCCAGCUACUGGCAGAUCACCAAGGUCAGGGUGGACUUCACAGCUGAGAACGUGGAUCAUGGCAAAGCCUGGGGAAUCCUCACAUAUAAAGGAAAACCUGAGAGUGAAGUAAAGGAGGUGGAUAAAGUGAUGUACCACGAUUGGCGUCUGAUUCCCAAACACAUGGAGCAGCAGUUUAAAGACUUUGAGCCACUCCCAGAGCCUCCAGUGCGCUACGUCCCCUUCCCUCCCCUGCUCCGUGCCAUGAUGAUGGCGAAGCAUCACAAAGCAGGAGGAAGCACAGAGCUAGAGGAACCAACCUUGCCUUUAAACAGGGAAGUGGCGCUCAACAAGGAUAACUUGCUCAGACAGGCACAAGAGGGACAGAGCAGAGAGGGUACAGCCGUAUGAAGUAAAAAGUGUGCCUCAACCCUUACGUCCUGUUUUAUCCUGGACUCAAACGACUUCUCUGUUCAUCAGGUACAGGGUUGUGUAUCUGAAUUGUAUGACGCGUAAUAAAUUUGAAAUCAAACGUGGCCCAUUUUAAUCAUUUUUUUAAUGCAUUCGUACAUUUUUUUUAGAGCUAUAUGAGAAUGUGUUCUGCCCAUUCAUGCA